AUGGCUUGCCCGCACGAAUUCCCCGAUCUCGGCCUCACUGGCACCGUCUUGUCGAAUGCCCUCGUCCCUUUCCCACCCAACGAUCAGCAGUAUUACAUGUGUGGCAAGUACGAUCCAGACACCUCGCUGCUGCGGCCGACAGCUGUCCCCAACUUUGCGCACGAUGGACAUGGGUCAAGCACGUGGUUGAGGCUGGUGGACUUUGCCCAGCAUGCCGACGCCGUGCACCUCUUCGAUGAGUUUUCGAGUAAGACCCACUGCGGGAGGAUCUACCAGGGCGCCUUGGACAACGGCUACUUCGUGGAAGCCUUGCAGGCCAUCUCGCUUCGACCGAAACUGGUGAAGCAGCUCUUCUAUGCCUGGCAAGCCCGAAGGUCGGUGUACAUCGCAAGGCUCUACAAGCACGGCACCUGGAUGCGCGUGGAAGUGGACGACUACGUUCCAGUCGGGCGACCGGGAAGGAAUGAUACCGACGUCAACGUGCCCAUCUGUUGCCGCUCAGAGUAUUUCCCGAACGUCAUCUGGCCGAGCCUCAUUGAGAAAGCUUACGCGAAGAUCCACACACUGCGGCUGAGUCCCAGCGCUGUCUCAGAGGAGGACAUGGGAGGCUGGGAGGCCCUCAAUGGGGGCGGCAAGGUCGAGGACGCCCUCGCCGACCUCACGGGUGGCGUUGCAGGGCGGUUUUACACCGAGGAUGUCUCCCCCGAUCGCCUCUUUAUCUACAUCCACGACUUGCAGCGGGACACACUCUUCGUCUGCAGGCCUCACCCCACGAAGUGCGAGCUCCAGGGCGUGAGGCUGAAUCCGUAUUAUCCGUACGCUGUUAAUCGAGCAGUUCACUGGGAAGGCGGCUUGUACCUCCAGCUUUUCUGCGGCGGCCCGGGCGUCUACGAUGGUGGUUUGCAGGACAUCACGGUGCCCUACAACCUCUCACGAUCUGAGAAGUACCCCGAAAGACGAGAGGAUGGUUUCUUUUGGCUCAACGCUGAAGACUUCCACGAGUACUUUGGCACCAUCUUCGAGUGCCGCCUGGUGAACAGCGGCGACGUGUCCUUGACAGACAUGCCGCCCCCUCGCUUCGAGACCAUCAGGAGGGCCGGCAAGUGCUUCUUGGCGGCCUCGGGAAGGGAAUGGGGGGGGCAGGUGCGCGACUUGUCGCUGAUUGUGCCAGGUGAGAAUGUGCGUGCUCGAUCCACUUGGAGAGAAGUCUCCUGCUGGACAGGCUUCUGCCACUGCGUGAAGACCUGCAAAGUUGCUGAGAUGUCGGUCAAGGGCAGCUUCCAGGAUGCCGACAAGGUUCGAGAGCUGGCCAAGAAGUGCGACAUCCUCACCUUGGAGGUGGAGCACGUCAACGCGGAGGUGUUGGAGGAGCUCCACCAGCAGGGCGUUCCAAUACAGCCGCUGCCUUUCGUUGUGAAACUCAUCCAGGACAAAUACGUCCAGAAGGUGCACUUGCAAAAGCACGGCGUGCCUCUGCCUGACUUCGAGAAGGUCGAGACCGAAGCUGACUUGCACAGCAUCGGUGAGAAGUUUGGCUACCCCAUGAUGCUGAAAAGCCGAUAUGGUGCCUACGACGGAAAGGGCAACGCCGUCGUGCCGAAUGCGCAGGGCAUCACAGCAGCAUUCGAAAAGCUUGGCGGCAAGGCCGGCAAGAAGCUCUACGUAGAGAAGUGGGCUCCUUUCAAGAUGGAGCUCGCAGUCAUGGUUGCCAGGGGAGUGGACGAGACCAUGAACGUCACCAUGCGCACCUACCCGGUGGUGCACACGGUGCAGCGGGACAGCGUGUGCUUCACUUGCCUCACACCGCCUGUGGGAGUAACGCAGAAGCAGCAGGAGCUGGCUCAGAAAAUUGCCACAGAUGCCAUCAAGAGCUUCGGCGAUGCCCGGGGCAUCUUCGGCGUAGAGAUGUUCCUUCUGGAGGACGGCUCAGUGCUCCUGAACGAGAUCGCGCCGCGACCACACAACACCGGCCACUACACCAUGGAAGCCUGCGGCGUUGACCAGUUCGAGCAGCACUUGCGUUGCGUCUUGGGCCUGCCGUUGGGUGACUGCCAGCUGCGCGUCGGCGGUGCCAUGAUGGUGAACAUCCUUGGGCAGGGCGAGACGCCGGAAAUGGUGACAAAGACCAUGGCCCCCCUCCGACGGGCGCUGCUCGUCCCUGAUGCCGGCAUCCACUGGUACGGCAAGGACGGCUGUGCCAAGGGCCGGAAGAUGGGUCACAUCACGGUGACCGGCUUCACCCCGGCCAGCGCACUGGAGGAGAUCCGUCCCGUCCUGGUGGCCGUUGACGGCGACGACGCGGUCAACAAGCUAGAUGUUCCGACCAAGCCCUCGCCGAGCGUGGGGAUCAUCAUGGGCAGCGACAGCGAUCUGCCCACGAUGAAGGACGCUGCUCAAGUGCUUGAUGACUUUGGCAUCCCUUACGAGAUUAGCAUUGUCUCUGCUCAUCGCACACCAGAGUACAUGUACGAGUACGCGACUACUGCAGAGGCCCGGGGCAUCAACGUGAUCAUCGCGGGGGCCGGCGGCGCUGCGCACCUGCCGGGAAUGGUGGCAGCUUUGACCCCCUUGCCAGUGAUUGGUGUGCCAGUCAAGUCCUCCACCUUGAGUGGCAACGACUCGCUGCUGUCCAUCGUCCAGAUGCCGAAAGGCAUUCCUGUGGCCACCGUCGCCAUCGGCAAUGCGGCCAACGCGGGGCUGCUGGCCGUUCGCAUCCUAGGGGCCGCCAACCCAGGCCUGGGUUUAGGGUUUAGGGUUUAG